GCAGACGCCGAGAGAGACGCGAGUUUCUGGGGAACUAGAUAAAGCGGGUGUGUACCGCCCUACAGCACUGUCAGUGUGUGAAGUUUUUGCUGUUGGUGUUGCUUUUCGCAACUUGUUCGCAGCCGAUCAUGGAUUGCGGUGUGGUAACCUCCAAAGGUGUUCUGCUGUUCCUCAGCCUUGUUUUCUGGGCUGCAGGGGCUGUUCUGACUUAUGUGGGAGCCGUCUUGUUAUCCACCUAUAAGAACUACUCAAACUUCUUUGAGGACAAAUAUGUUGUGUUGCCAGCUUUGGUGAUCAUUGCUAUCGCCCUUGUAAUGUUUCUCAUUGGGUUCAUUGGAUGCUGUGCAACUCUAAGGGAGUCUCGCUUUGGAUUGGGAUUGUUCAUGCUUGUACUGUUCAUCAUCUUUGCUGCAGAAGUUUCUGCCUUCGUUUUGGGAUUUCUCUACAGAGGAAAGAUGCAUGAAGGUGUGGAUAAGACAAUGACUGAUGUCUUUUCAAAAUAUAAUGGAAAGAAUAGUGCAAGUAAGGCUGUGGACUUCCUGCAGAAACAGAUGGCAUGUUGUGGGCUGAUGAACUACACCACCUGGGAAACCACUGACUGGUUCAUCAAAGGGAACAAGACAUUCCCCCUCAGCUGCUGCAAGCAUCAAUUCUCCAACUGCACAGGAAGCCCAAGUCACCCUGAACUCCUUAAUACAGCAGGAUGUGAAAUGAAGUUGGAGACUGGCCUCGAAUCCAUUUUGAGUUAUGCCAUGCUAGUUGUUCUGGGAUUUGCCAUAAUCAAGUUUUUUGGAAUGAUCAGCAUCUGUGUGAUUAGCUGCAGACGAAAACAAACCGAUUACCAACCACUUCCUUCAUCUGGAAUAUAUGCAUGAGAACUUUUCUAGAAGGCAUCUGGCUAUUAACUAACUUGAUGACACCUAACACUGUUAAUUGUUUAAACCCACCAAACUGAAUUGAUAGCUUUCAUUUUUAAUAGAAAAUAUCACCACUUUUACAUCUACACAGUUUGCAAAGUACACUACUUUGCAACAAGAACAUUCAAUGGAGGUUACAGUCUCUAAAAUACUUGUCUUUUUGGUUUAUAGUUUUUGAUUGUAGCUUUGUAACUUGGAACAUGAGAAUUAGAACCAUGUACACUCUCUCCUAAAUGUAUUAAAACAUAAGUGCUGAUUUGAUCUAAGCAAACAAUUUCUGUAGGGUGGAGGUGCAAAGAAUAGGGGGUUAACCACAAUUUGGACUACUUUAAAUGACCUACCAUUUUGGUUUUUGCUUUUUCCCUGCUUGAUAUGGGUCUAGACUUGACCACCAAGGUGGAUCUGGCUUUUAUUUUGCACCUGUAUUAAAGGCAAUCAGUCACUUUCUAGGUUUUAAAUAACUGAAAUCUUCCUAUGGUCACUACACCAAGUAAAUGCAUGUAAAAAUUUCAUUAACUUUCAAAUAUUUAAUUUCUACUUUAACUGCUCACUGUCAAAUCAGCAAUUGGUGACCCAGCUGUUUGGAUCUGAUAUUCUUCGUUAUGAAUGACUUAAUCUUGUCAUCUCCAGGGUAAAUGUAAAUUUCCAACAGCUCUUUAAAUCUGUGCAUCCUGCUCUUAAAUUCAAGAUACCAGUUAUCAACUUUAUUUGCCCUUCUACACUUAUCAUAGUAAAUGGUGUCAAAUUUUGGUCUGAAGUGCAAUUGGGCAUUUGAUGAUGAAUAUUCAACAUGCAGUGUGGUAAAUCAUACUUCAGUGGUGGUAAUAGAGGAGGAGAAAUGCACUUGUACAUGCAUGUCAUCUACCAUCCCAGCUUUUCCACUCACUAAGCUGAACUCCUCGAAUAUCUAGCAAAGAUCUGUUGCAGCUUGGAUGCUAACUAGUAACUGAAAUCAAUCCUUGUCUCAUCAAUUUUUUAUUUCACUGAGAUGGACCAAGAUCAAAAAGCUCAAAGCAAGGCUUGUUGGAAAUCAAAUCCAGGAGACUCUGACCAGCUUUCUGCAACAGAUGUAAAGUAAAUGAUUUUUGUAGCAAACACCUUUGGAAAAGUAUUGAUGUGGUGUUGUGAUUUUAGUGUUCUCUGAAUAAAUGACUUAAUAUUUUGUGUA